AUGGGCGUGGGACAGCCGUGCAGGCUCCUGGGCGGCGAAUGGGAGGAGAGGGCCCUGGGCCCAGCUCAGCCUGUAUUUGUCCUGGAUCCCCAGGAGCAGGUACUGGCCCAGCUGCCCUUCCCUCCCGGGGACCGUGUGACCUUCAAUGGGAAGGAAUGCAUGUGCCAGAAGUGCUCCCUGCCCGUGUCGGUGGGCAGCAGCACACACCUGUCCCAGGGCCUCCGAAGUUGUGGGGGCUGCGGCACAGAAAUCAAGAACGGCCAGGCCCUGGUAGCCUUGGACAAGCACUGGCACUUGGGCUGUUUUAAGUGCAAGAGCUGUGGGAAGCUCCUGAACGCCGAGUACAUCAGCAAGGACGGCCUGCCCUACUGUGAAGCUGACUACCACGCCAAGUUCGGCAUCCGCUGUGACAGAUGUGAGAAAUACAUCACGGGGCGUGUGCUGGAGGCCGGGGAGAAGCACUAUCACCCUUCCUGCGCGCUAUGUGUCAGGUGCGGCCAGAUGUUUGCAGAAGGCGAAGAGAUGUAUCUUCAAGGUUCCUCCAUCUGGCACCCGGCGUGUCGACAAGCAGCCAGAACUGAAGACAGAAACAAGGUUGGUGGCAUGGACUGGUGUCUCUGA